GCCUCUGCUCCGCCCUGGCCUCCCGCUGCCAGGAGCCGGCCUCGCUCGGGGAGCGGAGGCCGCAGGAUGCCGGGGGGGCCGCGGGCGGCCGAAGCGGGGCGGUUGCUGCCUCCUCGGGAUCCCCGCUCUUGCUCCCGUCCCGUUCCGUCCCGCCCGGUCGGGCAAAGUCCUCCGCCAUGAACGGGGAGAGGGGAGGCAGCCGCUCGGCCUUCCCCGGCCUCCCAGGGGAGGUGGUGCUGGAGGAGGCUGCGGGAGUGCGGCUGCGGUGCCGCGAAGGGGACGGCUCGGUGCCGGGCACCUUGGUCUGCACCAACCUCCGCGUCGCCUUCCUGGCCGCCCCCGGGCACGGCGUGCAGCCUCCCGUCGCCCCCCUGCAGAGCGAGCACAACGUGGCGCUGCCCUGCAUCCGCAAGCUGGUGGCAGGCAGCAGCUUCACCAAGCCCAAGGUGCUGACGGCCGCCUCCACCCUCAAGUUCAUCCCCGAGGAGCUGCUGAUUUUCUGCCGGGAUUUCCGCCUGCUGCGCUUCCACUUCCACGAGAACGGGCUGGCGCCCCAGGCGUACCGGGUGGCCAACGCCAUCGCCCAGGCGCGGGAGACGGCCACGUGGCCGGGGGACAGCGGGGACGGGGACGGCUGCUCCCGGGCAGAAGCCAAGCCGGAGGAGGAGGAGGAGGGUGAAGAUGAGGAAGGCUCGGCCCCCACGCUGCUCUUCGAGAGCCUCCACGACUGGGAGAAGGAGCUGAAGCGCCAGGGCGCCGCGGGCUGGAGGGUGAGCGCCAUCAACGAGCGCUUCGACAUGGCCCCCAGCCUGCCCCGCUACCUGUGGGUGCCCAGCGGGCUCCUGGACCACGACCUCAAGCGGACGUUCGCCCACUUCGAGGAGCGCCGCGUGCCCCGGCUCUGCUGGCACCACCCGGGCGGCAGCGACCUGCUGAGAUCCGCCGGCUUCCACGCGGCCUCGGAGCCGGGCAGUGAGGACGUGAGGUGCCUGGAGGCUCUGCUGCGGGCGGGCCGCGGGCCGUGCGUGCUGGCCGACGCCGCCGAGCUGCCCACCCUGGCCGACAUCCAGCUUGCCCACCUCAAGCUGUGGGCGCUCUGCCUGCACGGCGCGGCGGCCGAGGAGAAGUGGCUCUCGGCGCUGGAGGCGACGCGCUGGCUGGACCACGUCCGCGCCUGCUUGAGGAAAGCCGUCGAGGUGGCAUCGCUGCUGGCGGGGCGCCGCUGCUGCGUCCUCCUGCAAGAGCCGUCCGACCGGGACCUCAACUGCCUGCUGGCCUCCCUGGUGCAGCUCCUGGCGGACCCCCACGCCCGGACCCUGCCCGGCUUCCAGAGCCUGGUGCAGCGCGAGUGGGUGGCAGCCGGCCACCCCUUUCCCCGCCGCCUCGGCCUGCGGCGCGACAGCCCCCGGGAGGAGGCGCCCGUGUUCCCGCUGUUCCUGGACUGCACGUGGCAGCUGGUGCGGCAGUUCCCGGCGGCCUUCGGCUUCACCGAGGCGUACCUGCUGGCCCUGCACGACAGCAGCUUCCUGCCCUACUGCGGCACCUUCCUCUUCAGCUGCCAGCGCCAGCGGGGCCGCGGCGGCCCGCAGCAGCCCCGCAGCCAGACCUACACGCCGGUGAACGGCUGGUGGGACCCCCCCCCGGGCAGGGGGGGCAGCGCCGCCAGCCGCCUGCCCCCAGUUUGGGACUGGGCGCUGCGCUACAGCCCGCAGCAGCAGGCGCGGUUUCGGAACCCGGCGGGGGUCCCCAGCACCGUGGGACCCCCCGACACCGCGAACCCCCAGACCACGGGCACGCCCGCCGAUGCCUGGCCUGGGCCAGGAGCCGGGGACGUCUUCGCUCUGGCCAAGGGCUCGCUGUGUCCCCAGCCCUUCCCGUGGCGCAGCGGCCGCCCCCCCCCACGCUUGCUCCGCUGGGCCCCCUCCCUGGAGAGCCUCAGCGAGCGGGGGGGCGGCUCGGGGGGCAGCCCCGUCCCCGCGCCCCCCCGGGGGCUGCUGCUGCCCUGCGCCGCGGGGCCCUCGGUGCGGCUCUGGCGCCGCUGCUACCUGCGGGGCCUGCCCGAGGCCCAGCGCGGGCGCUUCGCCCCGUCUCCGGCCGGCCUGGCGGAGGAGCUGACGCUGCUGCAGGACCGCCUCAGCGCCUGGCAAGCGCAGGGACCCCGCACCAGGGCCGCCGGCAGCCCCCUGGCACCGUCGCGAUGAGGGAUGGGGGAAAAGGAAAAGAACCCCGGGGGGGGGGGGGCGGGAAACGAACGCCGCCGGGACAGAGCCGGCCCUUGGGGGGGGGGGAGCUGACCCCGGGGCUCCCCUGCGGGUUUUUUUUUUUGGGGGGGAAAGCCCCCAAAGCUCCCCGCGGCCUCUCCACUGCUGCCUCCCUGCUCCUCGCCGGGGCUCUUGUGGCUUUUUGGGGCCGGGGACAGCUUUUUGGGGCCAGCGCCGGCUUUUUGGGGCCGUCACAGGCUUUUUGGGGCCAGCACCGGCUUUUUGGGGCCGUCACAGGCUUUUUGGGGCCAGCGCCGGCUUUUUGGGGCCAGCACCGGCUUUUUGGGGCCAUCACAGGCUUUUGGGGGCCAGCACCGGCCUUUUGGGGCCAUCACAGGCUUUUUGGGGCCAGCGCCGGCUUUUUGGGGCCGUCACAGGCUUUUUGGGGCCAGCGCCGGCUUUUUGGGGCCAUCACAGGCUUUUGGGGGCCAGCACCGGCCUUUUGGGGCCAUCACAGGCUUUUUGGGGCCAGCGCCGGCUUUUUGGGGCCAUCACAGGCUUUUUGGGGCCAGCGCCGGCUUUUUGGGGCCGUCAUAGGCUUUUUGGGGCCGUCACAGGCUUUUUGGGGCCGUCACAGGCUUUUUGGGGCCGACGCAGGCUUUUUGGGGCCAGCUCCUACCAUGCUGCUCCCCGGCUGCUCUGGAGGAGGCCGAGCACCCCAGGAGUGCCGCGGGCGCCCCAGCACAGCCGAUUUCCCCUUUUUUUGCCUUAAAUUCCUUGCUACCUCCACGUGCCUCGGGGCUGGGCUCACCACCCCGGGCCCACGCGUCCGGCCCCGCCACGGGGUCGCUUUGCUCCCACACGAGCCGAGCUUUGCUGGGAGCCCAGCGCCAGGCCUCUGUCGGCGACACACUGUCGCGAUACGGGAGGGGCGGGGACCCCAGGGCUUGGCCACGGGAAGAGGCCGGGACCCGCCGGGGCUGUGAAGAGAACGGGGCUCUGAGCGCUGGCGGCCCCCGGCCGUGCACUUUUAUCGAGGUUUAUGUCGGGAGCUCGCCCGCACGCGGCGGUUUGCACUUUUUAUUGAGGUUUGUGUCGGGGAGCUCAAUAAAGCGGCCUGCGGGCA